UGCAUGUGAGUGUGUGUGUGUGUGUGUGUGUUGGCCCUCGGUGGGCCGGGCGCGAGGAGAGAGAGGAGGAAAAGCGUGUUUACACAGACGGCCGAGUGCCUGGGGAACAGAGCGGGAGAGGAAGUGAGCCGGCUCUCUGUCUGCCUGCCCCAACUUCCUGCUCAGAGAGAGAGAGAGAGAGAGAGAAAGAGAGAGAGAGAGAAACACUCAGGAUCCCAUUACAGUCGGACUGUGCUGCCGAGACGACCGACAGCAUGGAAAAACAGGGCAUUUUACGGAAUUCUUUUUAACACAUUAAAAGGACGGACAAAAAAAACUCAGCCGGCAGACAUGGAGAGUGCCAUCACGUUGUGGCAGUUCCUGUUGCAGUUGCUGCUGGACCAGAGCCAUAAACACCUGAUCUGCUGGACGUCCAACGAUGGCGAGUUCAAGCUGCUCAAGUCUGAGGAGGUGGCCAAACUCUGGGGUCUGAGGAAGAACAAAACUAAUAUGAAUUAUGAUAAACUGAGCCGGGCUCUGCGCUACUACUAUGACAAGAAUAUUAUAAAGAAGGUGAUUGGUCAGAAGUUUGUGUACAAGUUCGUCUCGUUUCCUGACAUCCUGAAAAUGGAUCCUCAGGCAGUGGAGCUUGGCCGAGAAGGAGGCAGCGUUAUGUUACAAGAGGCCGAGUCUGAUGGAGGGGAGGGGGAAGACUCUCCAAAACUCUCCCUUUCAUCGCUGAGAAACCCCGCCGGCAGGAACGAAUAUCUUAACUCUGGCCUGUACUCUUCUUUUACCGUUAGCUCCCUUCAAGGCCCGCCGCCACUGCUGCAUCCAGUCAAAGUGGAGAAACGGAGAGGGGCGGAACGAGGGGAAGAGGGACCGACCGUGAUUAGGUUUGUCACCAACCGGUCAGAGAAAGCAGUGACCCUCCCUUCCUCUCCUGCCCCUACCUCAUCAGAGGUUUUCUUCAGCUCAAAAGCCUCCCCCGAUUCCUCUUGUUCGUCGUCCCCGUCUCAUAGCCCGUCCUUCUUGCGGAGGCUGAGCCCAGAGGCUCGGAUGGACGAAUCGGAGCAGAACGCUCAGCCUCUCAAUUUAUCCUCCGGCCACAGGGAGCGAGCCCAGGUGCAAAUCUCGCCCCACGAGAGGAGGAGUAGCACCAAUGGACUUCCUCCUAAAGCUCGGAAACCCAAAGGUCUGGAAAUCUCAGCUCCUUCCAUACUGCUUUCAGGAAGUGACCUGGGCUCCAUCGCCCUUAACAGCCCUGCAUUGCCCUCAGGGUCCCUCACACCAGCCUUCUUUACUGCACAGACUCCCUCGGGUUUGCUGCUGGCUCCAAGCCCUCUCCUCUCCUCCAUUCAUUUCUGGAGCAGUCUGAGUCCUGUCGCUCCUCUCAGCCCAGCAAGACUACAGGGACACGGAUCCCUCUUCCAGUUCCCUACUCUGCUGAACGGACCUCUCCCUGUGCCUCUCCCCAACCUGGACACUUCAACUUCCUCUUCCUCACUUCUCCUCUCAUCUAGUACACCAAAAUCCUGAUUUCAAUCCCUUGUCUUAAAAAAAAGAAAGAAAAGAAAAUACUAUAUAAAUACUCAUUAAUACUUGCUAAAAACAAUCAAGGUUGCACUACACCACCUUGUGGUUAAAGUUACCACAAAAAUAACCACAUCCAACAUUUUACGAAAAACAGAUUUCAUUUUUUAAAACAUUUCUUAGACCGAAACUCAGGCUGUACACGAAUGAGCUCAUGCGGUAAGUAUAAAUGUGCCAAAGAAAGCAAAAUGGCACCAGUGAGCUGUUUGAAAAACUCAGCCUUAGAAUGUAUCAUGUAAAACGCUGCAUAAAAAAUAAAAAAAAAGUCCUUUUUUCACACGAGACGCACAACAGCACUGCUGGACCAUAGAAAUCCAUACAACCUUCUAUCCGUAUGGAGUCCUCCAUGUAGUUCAUCACACGUUUGUCGAGGACCAAAGUUACCCUUGAAUUCCAGAUCACACACUCCUAGUAGAGGCUAAGAUAUUUUGGUCCCAGUUGUAGUCAUUGCAGAUUAACACCCACAAGCUAGUUCUGCUGGGUGAUAGAGCAAAGUCUAACACAUGCCUCCUACAUCGUAUUCUUUGGAAAUGCAGCUAAUGCGAUGACACAGGGCAGCUGCAAGCACUUGGAGGAGAGCACUAUCUACCCAAUCCUGUACAUUUACUGUACAUGAGCGCAGAGAUCUUUCUGAAUUACAGGAAGAGACAUGCAAUCAUCUUUCUUUACCCAGAAAGCAAAGUCAGUCGCAUUCCCAGUUCUCGCUGGCUGUGGAAUUACCGGGUUUCAGAUGUACAAAUCAUCCGACAGUAACUUCUGGCAUCUCCACGUUCAUCUCUCUCAGUUCAAUUUUAAUAUCCACUCCCACUGCAAAUCAACAUUGGACAGCAUACUCAUCACAACCCGUAUUAGUUUCAAGUGUUUGUUUUUGUGUUGUAAUCUCCUUCCGAGGCUGUGAAUCAGGUUUUCUGUUUAAUUUUGUCUGAUAUUGUAUAUUAUUGUAUUGUAUGCACUGUGCUUUAAACUACCGGCUGUGCCUUUUUUUCUGUGUAAGAAUGUGUAUAUGUAUUAUUUUUUUCCUGCUUUAAAAAAAAUUCAAACAAAAAAUGUUUUGUAAUAGACGAAUUCCAUCACAAUAUUGGAAAGAAAAGCAUUGUAAUAGCUUUGUUAUUUUUUCAUUACGGAAUUGAAAACGAAAUGUAUUCUCAUAUUAAUUUUAUAUUUUUUUGCUUUCUAAAGAGUCAAAGAAUUGUGCCUGUUUUCAAUAAAAGGAAAGCAUUGAAUGCUG